AUGCUCUUUUGGCGGCCUGUUUUAGUGUUGUUGGGAACCUACUGUGGUUUAGUGGCUACCAGCCCAUUCAACAACAAUGUAGCGCCGACAGUGACUCUAGACAACGCUACUAUCACAGGUGUCGCGUCAGGAUCGGUGAACAAGUGGCUUGGAAUACCCUUCGCACUGCCUCCAAUAGGAAGUCUCCGGUUCCAGCUACCUACACCCAUCCCCCCCUACAAUACAAACUAUUCAGCGACGGCAUAUGGUCCUGCUUGUCCUCAACAGGCUUUGACAUUGCCUAUUCCCCCAGGUUUGCCUGCCGAGACUCUUGACUACCUCACAAACACGAUCUACAACAUUGUCAUUCCAAGUGCUGAAGAUUGCCUGACUCUCAACGUCGUCGUGCCCGCGGAUGCAACUCCAGAAUCAAAUUUUCCUGUUGUGGUAUGGAUCUUCGGAGGGGGUUUCGAGACAGGUGCUACCAGUCUUUAUGAUGGAUCUGCCAUUGUCAAUAAGGCCAUCGACCUGAAUUUACCCACAGUGUACGUGAGCAUGAAUUACCGCUUGACAGCUUUUGGAUUCCUUGCCUCUGAAGAAGUCAAACAAGCGGGAGUAGGAAACCUCGGACUACAAGAUCAGCGACAAGCAAUGAGAUGGAUCCAACAAUAUAUUAGUGCUUUUGGUGGUGAUCCCACGAAGGUCACUAUCUGGGGCGAAAGCGCUGGCGCCAUAUCCGUUGCACUUCAUAUGGUUACCAAUGGGGGAGAUACCGAGGAACUUUUCCGCGCUGCAUUCAUGGAAAGUGGAUCGCCGAUUCCAGUUGGCGAUAUCACUCAUGGACAAGGUUACUACGACUUCAUUGUGAACCAAACAGGAUGCGCGGGCUCCUCGGACACGCUGGAUUGUCUGCGAGACGUUCCGUAUGACACCCUCAUGGACGUUGUCAACCAGACGCCAAAUUUAUUUUCGUACCAAAGCUUGGCAUUCGUCUGGUUGCCUAGAGUGGAUGGCGUGUUCCUAACAGCCAAUCCACAAGACCUGGUCUUGCAAGGCUCUGUUGCGAAUAUCCCUUUUAUCACAGGGGAUUGUGAUGACGAAGGAACUCUGUUUUCAUUAUCUAGCCUCAACAUCACCAUGGAUUCUCAGUUUCAAGAGUUUCUUCAGACGUACUGGUACCCCAACGCUCCGAUCCCCGCAGUCCAGCAGCUGAUGGAGUAUUACCCUGAGGACAUUACUCGAGGCUCCCCGUUUAAUACGGGACCCCUUAAUGCCUUAACUACGCAAUUCAAACGUAUCGCAGCAUUCCAAGGUGACACAGUAUUCCAAGCGCCGCGUCGCUUUUUCUUGGAGCAACGCUCCGAUCAGCAGAAUACUUGGGCAUUCCUAAGCAAGCGUUUGAAGGCAGUUUCUAUACUGGGUUCGUUCCACACAUCUGAUCUAUCCAACGUUUACAACGGAGGCGACAUGGCGUCAUAUCUCGUUCGCUUUGUGAAUAACCUUGACCCAAAUGGUGUAGGGGACCUCACGUGGCCGAAAUGGACCUCAAACUCACCAAACCUCCUCACUUUCCUUGACGGCCUGAUCCCUCAGGAGAUUACACAAGAUACGUACCGUGCUGAGGAAAUGGCUUACAUGACGAACAUGUCCCUGCAGUACCCGAUUUGAGAGUGUUUUCUCUACCAUAUUGAAUGUUGUUUUUGAAGAGGGGAUGAUCAGUCUAUAAUAUAUAUGAUCAUAAUCAGUGCGAAAUCAACCAAUUGACGC